CAACCGGCCAGCGGUGCACCGGGAUCUAUCCUUAUUGUGUUUUAUUCUGUUCUUUGCUCUCUUUCCUGACGAUCGUCGCUUGUCGUACAUCCGUACAAACUUUGCCUACAACAAAGCUUGUUUAGGAAUUUCUUUUAUAUUAUGCCAAUAUGAUAACGAAAAGUUACAUCGACGUCCGAUUAAUUAUUGUUUUGUUUUGUUUUGUGGUCAAGUGUUAUAAAUAAAUAUUAAUUAUUAUAAUUUUAAUUCAAUAUUUUAAUACAUACACUUCAUAUUUCUGUUGCUAACAUUAUGCAUAUCAAUUAUUUUGUGGUUCAUAUAUUUUUUUAUAAUUUUGUACACUUUUUUAAUGGAGUUGUUUGCGAGUUAAGGCCGAGUACGCAAAACAGUGACGCGUGCCUAUCGCGAGUGGCUGCGUGUGAAGCCAGUGGGGCAAACGCUCGACGCACAAUUUGUGGCACAGACGGCAGAACCUACCCCUCUAAAUGUCAGCUCAUGAAGGCACAGUGCGCUGGUAAACCAGUGACAUUUGCUCACAGAGGACUUUGUUUAGAUGGGCAAUCUUCAUGCUCGAUUGCACUGAGUUAUGCCCAAAACGCUCGUGCUGGGCGGCGAGCCGCGUUCGUGCCCAAGUGUCGCCCUGAUGGUACUUAUGCGCCGGUGCAGUGUGCCGCCGCGGGCGCCGCUACGGGCUGCUGGUGUGUCACGCCCGAAGGAAAAACCCUGCCCAACACCGCGGUCAGGAGUGGUCGGCCGGACUGUACAAGGACGGGUAAAUCCCAAACCAGGCGCAGAUCGUCAGCACGCGACAAACGCAAUAAAAAAAGUUGCAGCCGGGUUGAUCGCGAUCAGUUCAACACGGUUUUGAUCAAUAGCUUCAAAGGGGAGUACAAAAGAAUUAUAAAAUCUCAGGACGAAAAUCCUCAACCGGAAGUCGUCGCAGAGUGGAAGUUUAAUGAAUUGGACGGAGACAGAAGUGGGACCUUGCAGAAAUCUGAAUAUCGAGGUCUGAGGAAGCUUAUUAAAAAGGUGAUGAAACCUAAGCGAUGUGCCCGUGCCUGGGCGCCAAGUUGUGAUAGUGAUGGUAAUGGCGAUAUAACACGAGCCGAGUGGGCAGCCUGCCUAUUAUAUAACCCAGAACCACCUGCACCGGACUUCUCUCUCCGUUUCUUCAUGUUGUUGAACGCAGACGAGGGCAGCGGACCCGAAGCGGAGCCCGACUAUAAGGAAGAGGAACCCACGUCGGACCCCAGCGCAGUGUUGCCAGGCAUAAUGAGAAAUUCGUUUGCACCUGAUGGCUCCGAUGUGGACUCACGGCGUGAAGACGAAGCAAAUGACUGCCUCACAGAUCGACAGGCGGUGUUAGACGAACAGAAAGCCGGUGGCUCCGUGCUGUAUGUACCGGAAUGCACAGGCGACGGUAGAUAUGCGAGGGCGCAGUGCUACCGCUCCACUGGGUACUGCUGGUGCGUACACCAGGACACCGGGAAACCAAUACCAGGCUCCUCAGUGAAGGACAGGCGUCCAGACUGCGACGCUGCACCGCAACAUGCUAGUCCAAUGAGAGGGUGUCCGGAACAAGUAAAAUCGAAAUUUUUAAGCGAUCUCAGGAGUUUCUUCAUUAACAAGAUGACCAGUUCCACAAACGGCACGGGACCAGGGGACAUGGUGAAAUGGGGCGCCUCUAAUGAAGAACAAGCAGCUACCUGGACCUACGUGAUGCUGGAUAAGGACAAAAACAAAGCACUGGAACGUAGAGAGUGGAAGGUGUUUCACCAGCUGAUUGCAAAUGUGGAACAUUUGAGGAAGUGUGGUCGAAAACUCCCCAGAUAUUGUGAUGUGAACCACGACACGAAAAUUAGCAUCACAGAAUGGAUGGCGUGCUUAGAGGUCACGCAGGCUUCCCAGGGACAGACAACCGAAGCAACGAAGCCGUCGUCCAACUCUAGAAGGAAAGGCCCAAAUCCGUUGGAAUCGAUACUAAAAGCUGACGAUUAGUCCCUCCAAAUGCCUAUUAAAAUAGACAUUCGUGCCAGUGCUAGGUGUUAAACGAAAUGAAAAUGUGUGAAUGAAUAAAUAUUGUGUAAAUCAGUAUGAAGACAUGGUAAUAGUUGCCCAGCGUGAUUGUAAGUUAAGGUCCUUGAAUUGUUCUAACUAUUGGCAUAAUUUAUUCGAAAACAUGUAGUCCUAGUAUUGGCUUAGUUAAUUAAUAUUACUGGCAUGUUGUUCUGAUGUAACAUCAUCAGUAUCAAAUCAGAAAGCCGGUACAUACAGGCGUGUAUGAAUGUCGAUAUUAAUAUAAUUAUAAUGAUUAUUGUAAUAUAUUAAAUUGCACUGCUAUCAGUGUUCUAUAAUAUGGUUCAAUUGUGUUAAAGAGUUGGCAGUAGAAAAUUAGAAUUCUCUAACAUAUAUAUAUAAUAUGGCUAAAGCCGUGCCGUACACAAGUAUAGCUGAAAAUAACUUGGAAUUAAAUUAAAAGAACAAAUAGCAAGAGUUAGAAGAACAUGUAUAAUGCACGCAUAAUAAAUAACUACUUAAACUAACAAUAAGAAAAAUAGGAAUUCGGUUUAAAAUUAAACCUUUUAAAGUUGAUUGCCAUAUUCUUUUUAGUUAAUGUAGAUUAUUUAUAUAUCUAUGCGUAGCGUGCAUCAUCAAUCAUGCAUACAUAGUUUGUAAUUUAAGUAAUGACCUAAAAUAUAUACUUCUAAGUAUGCCCGCGGUUUCACCCGCAUAUAAUUUUUAGCCAUGUGUUAUUUUGAUAUAUAAGCUAUAUUACUGCAGAAUUUCAUCGUAAUCCAUUUUACGUGAAAGAGUAACGGACAUUCAUCCAUACUCACAAAACGCAUUUAUGCAGUAGAUAUAUGUAUAAAUGUAGUUAAAUUUUCGAUUUUUUUAAAAAUAAAACUGACAAUAAUAUUCAAUUCUAUCAACAUUUAUGUUAGCAAAACUGUGUA